AUGGCACCCGUCAAAAUCGACCCCGUCGUCAAGGUCUCGGGAGCUCCUUCGUCGUCUCUGAGUGAACGACGCAAGUCGGAUGCCGCCAGGACCUCGCCUCCGAGCAUGAUAAUGCUCAACAGCAGCAGCAACAGCAGCGCCGCCAGCGCGCUCGUUGUCCCGCGCGAAGCUUGCUCGCCCUCGCUCAAUGCGACCGGCACCAAGGAUGCGCUCGAAUCCACGAGUGGGGUAUCGACCCCGUUAGCUGGAUUGGCUGCAUCGGGGCGACCGACCCGGUCGGGUACGGUCAAGAAGUCGAGAAAACGAUCGUCGUCCAAGCAACCCUCGCGUCGCCAGGACACCGUCACCGACGCGGGCUUUGAAGGCGAUGUCGAGCUUCACGGUCAAGCCAACGACUUUGUUGACCCCGAUGACACCGACGAGGAGGCCACAACCGGUCCUUCUGCUCGCGGAAGCCGUCCUUCCCUGGCCACCGCAGGACGAGGAGCCGGUUCCGAGCGCGUAUCCGAACAGAUCCAUGCCUCGAUCCCGGCCAACUUCCCCGACGAAGAGUCGGUCGCUCGUUCGACGUUCCGCAACCGCAACCCCUCCAUGUCGUCCCACCAACACCCCGGUCGCUUGCCUCUGAACCAACGUAUGAGCUCGUACCGAUCGGCUAGCGCUGGACGACCCCGAGCAAGUUCGAUCUCGAGCACGCGGUCCCACGAAGCGACGACUCAUCCGUUCCCCACCCCAGGCCACAAGGCCCACGGCGGAGCUCCCUUUGAUGGCUGGAAGUCGGUCGAAGAGAAGCGACUCGACGAGGAUGAGGCGAAGGAGAAGCACUGGAAGCGCUGGGGACCCUACGUCUCUGAACGCCAAUGGGUGAGUUGCACUUCGCAAAGCCACGGUCGUAACUUCUUCACCGACUGACCUUUUCUCCACCCUCUUUGUCUCCAGGCGACCGUCCGCGAGGACUACUCGGCGAAUGGGGAUGCUUGGUCCCACUUCCCUCACGAGCAUGCUCGUUCGCGAGCGUACCGCUGGGGAGAGGAUGGACUUGCCGGUAUCAGUGACAACCAUGGCCGCAUGUGCUUCUCCGUCGGUCUGUGGAACGGCGUCGACUCGAUCCUCAAGGAGCGAAUGUUCGGUGUCACCGGUCAUCAGGGCAACCACGGCGAGGACGUCAAGGAACUCUACUACUACCUCGAUUCGACGCCGACGCACUCCUACAUGAAGAUGCUGUACAAGUACCCGCAGCGCGAGUACCCUUACGAGCAGCUCGUCCGCGAGUCGAGUAACCGUGGUCGUGACGUCGGGGAGUUUGAGAUCACAGACACGGAUGCUUUUGAGGACAACCGCUACUGGGAUAUCUUUGUCGAAUACGCCAAGGACGAAGACUGCGCUGAGGGCAUCUCGAUCCGCAUCACCGCAUAUAACCGUGGCCCCGACCCGGCCACGCUUCAUAUUUUGCCUCAGCUCUUGUUCCGCAACACUUGGUCCUGGCCAAAGGACAAGCCCGAGGGCGACAAGAUGCCUUCGCUCAAGCAAGUUGGCGAAGGGGUCGUCGAAGCGAACGAACCUCAUCUUGGCCGCUACUAUCUUCAUGCCAACUCUUCGCCGGCGCCGGUGAACCCGAGGCGGAAGGGCGAAGACGAGACCGUCUUCACGGAUGAGAUCGUUAUUCCCGAACUGCUCUUCACCGAGAACGAUACCAACUUUGAGCGCCUCUACGGUGGCCACAACGUCACCCCUUACGUCAAAGACGCUUUCCACGACCACGUCAUUCACAAGCACCGCCCUGCCCUGCCCAAAGUUGCCAAGGCUCGAGCUCCGGCUCCUUCUGAGAGCGAGUACGACUCGGACAAGACGACGGGCGAGGCAACGCCGAGGACCGAGGAUGGGUCGCGCACGUCGUACGUCGAAUCCGACACCGAGGAGGAGCAAGAGGACGACCGCGAAUUCGUCAAUCCCGAGAAGAAGGGUACCAAGUGCGCUGCGCACUACGUAUUCCGCGACGUCCCCGGAAACGGCGGAUGCGCCGUCGUGCGUCUCAAGCUGACGCCCAAGACGGCCGAAGAGGACGCGUCGAUCCAAGACGAGGAGAGCUUUGACUGCGUCGUCGAGGAACGCCGCAUGGACUCGGACGAGUUCUACUCGAGGUUCAACUCCGGUGCAUUGAGCGAUGAUCUGCGAAACAUCAUGAGGCAGGCCUUGUCGGGCAUGCUCUGGUGAGUCUCCUCUCAUCGUGACGGAAUUGGCCGGAGAUUUCGAUCACAGAGCACUGACCAAGACCACGCUUUUGGGUUUGUUCACUGCACAGGACCAAGCAAUUCUACAUGUUCAUUCAGAAACAGUGGAUUGAGGGUGAUCCCGGACAGCCUGCACCGCCGGCCGAGCGCAAGUGGAUUCGCAAUAGCGACUGGAAACACAUGCAUAUCGAGGACGUGCUGUCGAUGCCCGACAAGUGGGAGUACCCUUUCUUCGCGAUCUGGGACUCGGCUUUCCAUUGCAUCCCGCUCGCCAUGGUCGAUCCGGCUUAUGCCAAGAAGCAGCUCGACAUCAUGACGCGCGAAUGGUACAUGAAGCCUGACGGCGCCUUGCCCGCUUACGAGUGGAACUUUUCCGACGUCAACCCCCCUGUUCACGCAUGGGCAACGUUCCGCGUGUUCAAGAUCGAGCGCAAGAUGCACGGCAAAGAAGACUUGCACUUCCUCGAGCGAGUGUUCCAGAAGCUGCUCAUCAACUUCACGUGGUGGGUCAAUCGCAAGGACGAAGGUGGCAACAACGUCUUCGAAGGCGGUUUCCUUGGGCUCGACAACAUCUCGCCCUUCAACCGUUCCGAGCGCUUGCCGACCGGCGGAACGAUGCGCCAGGCCGACGGCACAGGAUGGAUGGGUUUCUACUGCCUGAGCAUGCUCAACAUCGCACUCGAGCUCGCCAAGCACAACCCCGUGUACGAGGACAUUGCCAGCAAGUUCUUCGAGCACUUCUUGUUCAUCUCGGAUGCGAUGACCUUCGAAGACGGCCAAAACGAGAUGUCGCUCUGGAAUGACGCAGAGGGCUUCUACUUUGAUGCCAUCACCUGGGGCCCUGGCGCGGUUAAGCAGCUCCCCGUGCGCUCGCUCGUCGGCUUGAUCCCGUUGUACGCUACCUUGACGCUCGAGCCGGCGACCAUCAAGAAGUUCCCCGGAUUUAAGAAACGAAUGGAGUGGUUCAUCGAGAACCGCUCGAGCAUGGCGAAGCGUAACAUGGCCAACAUGUCGCUCGGAGGCAAAGGUGAUCGACGCUUGCUCGCGCUCGCGAACGAGGACCGCCUGCGUCGCAUUCUCGAACGCAUGCUCGACGAGAAGGAGUUCCUCUCGGACUACGGCAUCCGAUCGUUGUCGCGUCACCACAAGGAACACCCUUGGGCUAUGGACGUCAACGGAGAGGAAUUCUCGGUCCACUACUGGUAAGUGCUCGUUCACUCUGGGCUCACUCGGUCCCCGCUUGCUCGGUCUUGUUCCUUACCCCCGCCCCGCUUAUGCUCACCCCUCUCGCAGGCCCGGAGACUCGCACUCGGCGAUGUUCGGCGGUAACUCCAACUGGCGUGGACCAAUCUGGCUCGCAACCACGUUCCUGCUCAUCGAGUCGUUGCAGCGUUUCUACCAAUACCACGGUACUGCUUUCAAGAUCGAGUGCCCCACCGGCUCUGGUGACGAGAUGAACUUGGCCAACGUUGCCGACGAGAUUCAACAUCGCAUCAUCCACAUCUUCGCCCGCGAUCACGAGGGUAACCGUGCGUGCAACGGUGGCUCGGAGAUGCUCAACAAGGACCCGCACUUCCGCGACUACGUUCCUUUCCACGAGUUCUUCCACGCCGACAGCGGCAAGGGUCUAGGCGCCUCACAUCAGACGGGAUGGACCGGUCUCGUCGCUUACAUGAUCUGGAUGAGUGAGUCAAACAUAGCAGGGACUAACGCGAAACGCCCGAGAAGUGUCGCUGAUUAUGCCUGUGGAACAUGGUGGUGCUCACACAGCUGGAUCCACGGCACGCUUGCCUCGAACCCCUCGCACCCCGAAGAGCGCUGCUUCACAUUACUUCGACGGUCAGUGCUACAUGUGCCGCUACAGGUUUUAGGUUUCGUCUCAUUUAAUCUGACCUGGCCCUUCCAUCUCGUUGCAUCCUUUCUCGUAUCUUGCCGACUGUAGAAAUUCCUGCGACACCCGGAGCGACCGAUGUCGAGUAUUCAGAUGCCUGGAGUGGGUUCGUGUCGGCGAGCGACAUGUCGCCUUCGGAGCUCUAG